UGUCUAUCAGCGUGUCAUCAUCUUUUUCAGGAUUCCCACCCACAGUUUCUGCAGAACGUCAUUCAGCGGUCCAUCCCUGCGUUGAGGAGUCACGUCUUUGCUCUUUAAGUCCAGCAGGAUCGACAGCAGGCCUCGGCCUACAGAACCUAGCGGAGACAAACGCAGGAUCAGACGAUGAAGAGCGGAGCGGGGGGGUGUGCGUUGGGCCUGCUGUGCCUACUCGGCUCGGUCUUUGGGCAGGCGUUGGAUGUUCAGCCCGGCGUCCUGAUCUUCUGCGACGACCCGUCCGUGCAGCUGGCCGUCGGCAGCGCUGUGAGCAAGUUCAACGAGAGGUUGAGCACCGGACACAAGCUGGCCCUCUUUCAGACACUGUCAGCUAGUAAGUCAGAGAAUGGAUCAGACUCGGUGUACUCCCUGCAGUUCACCAGCAGGAGGAGUGACUGUUCAGCUGAGAGCAGCACACCCUGGACACAAUGCAACUAUCUGAUUGUUGGACCCGAGAAGCCGAUUUUAUGCAACGCCACAGUCUACAUGACGGAGACGGAGGCAGACACGAAGCAGGUGGAUUGCCAGUUAGAAAAUGUCAUCGUUCCAGACAAAGCGCGCUGCUUAGGCUGCCCUAUGGAGAUCGAUGUGAACUCAGAGGACCUUAGGGUUCCUCUCGCCGUCUCCAUCUCCAAGUAUAACUCCCAGUCCGACUCCACUCACUUGUUCACCCUGCACAAUGUCGGCUACUCCACCAGACAGGUUGUGGCAGGUUUCAGGUUCAAGCUGAAGUUUGAUAUGAGGAGGACGACCUGCGCCAAGACUGAGCACAAAGACCUCAAUGAUCUGUGUGUCCCCGAUGAAGGGAAUAAGGAGUACAUGCACUGUAACUCUACAGUGGAUGUAGCACCAUGGAGAUUUGAGGUCCCAAAUGCCUACUUGGAUUGUGAUGAAGGGCAACUGCCUUUCACGAUCUUGACGAGGCGGCGUCCUGCUGGCUGGUCUCCACUCAGGAACAUCCUGGAAAGGGUUCCCUCCACCGUCCCGUCCCCAACCCCCGCGCUGCCCACCGCGGCCGCAGUCAAAGCCUCAGACCCAGAAGAAUCCUCCGAGGAGGACACCACGGCCUCUAAGCCGUCCGCCUCCCCCGACGUGGCCACGGAAGCCGUGCACGACGGCCCCUUCCACUGCCCGUCCAAGCCCUGGAAGCCUUUCUCUUUGGUCCAUUUUGAAGCUCCUACGAAUGCAGCCAAGGAGGAGGCCACCUCCCCGCCCUCAGUGGAAGGGGCUUUCAGUGAUGCAGACCUGAUGGCAUAAGUUUUUUUUUUUUUCUUCGAGGGAACCACAUUUACAUACAAAAUGAUCUCACUCUAAACAGAUAUUUGUAUUUUGCAGACUUCUCUUAUACUAAAUUGCAUUGCAUUUUUUUGGAGGAGAUAUUUUCAUGGGUGCAAUGUAGAUCUAAAAGACAUAAAGGUGAAGUUACAAAAAUAUCCAAGAUGAUUAAGCACACUUCUUUUGAAAGAUGAUGGAAAUGAUGAUCGAAUGAGCGUGGAGAACUGGUGUCUUCUUUUGAGUAAAGUAAUGAGUGAUUGCAAAAUAUGUAUCUCAAAAACUCAAACCCAACAACACAAAAUAAAAUAUAACUUUGUUCUA